GGCUGGCGCUCCCGCCCAUCCCGGCCCUGCUCCUGCCCCGCGUUUGGCCGUCGGACGGGCGGGAAGGGGUGGCGGCUCAGGCAGGAUGGCGGCGGUGGCGGCCGGCGCGGGGGUCCAGGGCGCGGGGAGCGGCGGCAGCGGGGCGCGCGAGGGCGCGCGGGUGGCAGCGCUGUGCCUGCUGUGGUACGCUCUGAGCGCAGGCGGCAACGUGGUUAACAAGGUGAUCCUGAGCGCCUUCCCGUUCCCCGUGACGGUGUCGCUGUGCCACAUUCUGGCUCUGUGCGCCGGGCUCCCACCGCUGCUGCGCGCCUGGCGCGUGCCCCCUGCGCCGCCAGUCUCGGGCCCCGGGCCCAGCCCGCACCCGUCGCCCGGCCCGCUGCUGCCGCCGCGUUUCUAUCCGCGCUAUGUGCUGCCGCUCGCCUUCGGCAAGUACUUCGCGUCCGUGUCAGCGCACAUCAGCAUCUGGAAGGUGCCGGUGUCCUACGCGCACACCGUCAAGGCCACCAUGCCCAUCUGGGUGGUCCUUCUGUCUCGGAUCAUCAUGAAAGAGAAGCAGAGCACCAAGGUAUACUUGUCACUCAUCCCCAUCAUCAGCGGCGUCCUGCUGGCCACUGUCACGGAGUUGUCGUUUGACAUGUGGGGGCUCAUCAGUGCCCUUGCUGCCACACUGUGCUUCUCACUUCAGAAUAUUUUCUCCAAAAAGGUUUUGAGAGACUCACGGAUCCACCAUCUCCGGCUGCUGAACAUCUUAGGCUGCCAUGCCAUCUUCUUUAUGAUCCCCACGUGGGUCCUGGUGGACCUCUCAGCUUUCCUGGUCAGCAGUGACCUGACAUACGUGUCCCAGUGGCCCUGGACGCUCCUGCUCCUGGCUGUCAGUGGCUUCUGUAACUUUGCCCAGAAUGUCAUCGCCUUCAGCAUCCUCAACCUCAUCAGCCCUCUGAGCUACUCGGUCGCCAAUGCCACCAAGAGAAUCAUGGUCAUCGCGGUGUCCCUGAUCAUGCUGCGGAACCCGGUCACCAGCACCAAUGUCCUGGGCAUGAUGACGGCCAUCCUGGGGGUCUUCCUGUACAACAAGACCAAGUAUGAUGCAAAUCAGCAAGCGAGGAAGCACCUCCUCCCCAUCUCGACAGGGGACAUGAGCGGUAAAGAGCACCAUCGGAGCCCCCUGGAGAAGCCCCACAAUGGCGUCCUCUUCCCACAGCACGGGGACUAUCAGUAUGGCCGCAACAACAUCUUAACAGACCACUUCCAAUACAGCCGGCAGAGCUACCCAAACUCAUACAAUUUGAAUCGCUAUGAUGUGUAGAGCCUAGUGGACAGGGUGGGCUGUUCUGUGACGCCUUCCCCACCCUCAGCUGUACCACUUCUGACAACCAGUGAAUGUAAGCCCAAUCGAGAAGAUGGUACACAGGAAUGGUAUACAAUCAUCAGAGGAGAGAGACCCUGGGCUCCCAGCCCCUGGAGCAGCAGGAUGCCCUCCCUGCAGUGAGGACCACUGCCUUCCAGCUCCAGGGUUUUUAUGCCCUUCCUUCCUGGAGUCUGUCAUCUGAGGGUGCUUUUGCUACGGAGAUCUUGGCCAGGUUUUUUUUCACCUUUCUGCGUGGACUUAUUCCCUAAGUCAUGUAUGUCAGAGUUCUUGUUCUGCUUCCCAGAUAACAUUUCCAGAUAAUCCUCUGGAAAGGUGGAAUCGCCAUGGAUACAGACCCCAGAGCAGGCAAGGAGAUGGACUCAGUUUUCCUGUCAGCUCCACGGCCGUUUGCAGUUACUAGCAAGCACUCCCAAGUGAACAGCUAUUGCAGUUAGCAUUAUAUUCUUGGAGGCUGAUUCUUUGACCUGCAAAUCAGAAUCGGUGUGUGCAGGGCACUGCCCCUCUCAGGGCAGUAAAUAGGGGACUGCAAAGCUGGGGGGAGGGAUCAGUAGGAAAUCAUGGUCAGUGUUUCAAGCUCUAUUUCUGUAAUAGUCGUUUUGUCUUUUCUGGUGGGUCUUCACUGCUGUGAUGACUUUGCAGGAUGUUGGGGAGAUACUGAUUUUAUGAGGAUCUUGCAUUUUUCUAGGGAAUAUUUUAUAGUUGUGUGUAUAUUUAUGCCUUGGUCCCCAGGAGGGGAUGCAUUAAGACUGGCUUAUGGGUUGAAAACCCUUUUGUUUUUAAAUGCUUAAAAACAAGAAAAGUUCCCACUGGCGAUGCCUGUCUUGACACAUUUUGACAUUCUGUAGGAAGCAGUGAGGUGUUGAGAAGUGCCUCUCGAAUGACCACAAUUGCUGAAAGCAGAAUGAAUCAAGAAUAUCUCAACGGUUUAUGUGACAGACAAGAACACAGUGCUGGGAUUCCACGGCCUGUUCUUGUGCUUACCACUGGGGUCCGAAUCAUGUCCUGGUGAAGGGGAGAAAGGGCGAGCACCAAGCUAGGAUCUGGUUUGCCAAAUCUGAUGCUGUGGUCAACGAAAAGUUUGGGCUCUGGCAAGUUCAAAUCAUCAGAAAGAUUAUGUGAGCCCAACAGGUACCUCUGUGUGCCAAGGUCCAGGUCGGGGUCUCCAUCUUUCUUGGCAUUAUGAAGGACCGUGUCCUGCCUCCCCGAGGGGACUACUGGCUGGGUUGGUGGGGUCUAUGGUGAUAGGUGCUUUCUUCCUUCAGCAUUAUCCUCAGCAGAUGGGAUAGGGGUCCACCUUUUACCUGCUGGUGAACGAGACGUUUCACCAUUCAAAGAAGUGUUGUAGCUUAUGCUUGACUCCUGGUCGGUUGGUUUUUGAUCAUUGGAAUUUUGUAUUUAAGAGGUUCCGCUUUGUCAGCUCACGAAUGGGCCACUCCUGGAGAGGUCACAGAUGCCUUCUGGCCUGUGAGUUUAUGAACCACCAGCCUCAGGAGUCCCUGUUUGUUGUCUGUUGUUUGCUUACUGAUAAUUAGUUUGGCCCCAAGUUUCGAGAUGAUUGCUGUCUGAAACCUGAAGGGUGUUACUGGUGACAAGAGCUCGCUGAGCGCUUUCACCAGAGGCAGUCGAGUCUGCAGUUGAAUUUUUCUCACUGGUGAAUAACAAGUGGGGAUAAUUUUUGCAAAUCUGCCAAGAUACUACGAUGGUUGUCUUUAUGAUUAUUAGAGUAACUGACUCCUUGAACAUGUAAUUGAGCUCCAAAAUGAAUUAUGCCUCCAUUCAGCUUUAAUGAAAUUUCCAGUGUUGCUGAAAUUUGUAUAUUAUUUUUCCUUUUCCAAUGCAAGAUCUGCUGGUGAGGGGAAAUAACUGACUGGUUUUAUUAUGGUUUAUAAAUUAAUAAAUGGGAUAUUUAAUUCUGUACAUAACAUAAAUUUACAGUAAGUACAUACACUGGAAUUAAUGAGACAAUCAUAUUAGACCAAAUCAUCAAAUCAAAGGACAAAGACAUACUUUUGAGACUUGACAUUUCAGAGCUGACGUUGACCUCUCAAAGGCCUGUUUUCCAGCCACCUACCUCCCUGGCCCACCACCCCCACCCUACUCCCACAUUCAUAUUUGCAUCUCUAUUCCUCUCACACUCCUCACUGCUGGCGGUUGUGGCAGUGAGUUCAGUUUACCCCUCCAAGAUGUGGUCUGGCCUGCGACACCCUGAUCCACCUCCUUCAUUUUACAGAAGGGGAAACUGAGGCUUAGAGGGCAUUUUUGAAGGGUGUUUGUUCAGUGUUGAGACUUGGCGUGGAAUUUUUAAGCACUUGCUUUCAGUCAUUCAUUGUAGGGAAAAUCAAACCCCUAUUACAAAGGAGAGAAGCCAAAACACGUUACAGAGAAGCAGCAUUUGGAAUUUCUGAAUUUUGCUGUGUAUUAGGUAUACAUCGUUAAAUAGGCCUUUUAUUGUCACUGGGACGUAACCAGACCUGAUACGUUAAGGGUCUAACAGCCUUAAGGGCAUAGGACAUUAAAUUAUUAAAGGACCUGAAAAUUGUGAAGUUUUUUUUUUCCAUUGUCACCUGUUUCCAAGACUUAAAUGCUAUAGACUAUUCUGUGGGAAUGACAAUGUAUAUUCAUUGAUGGCAUUUACCAAAAAUAAAUGAUGGUCUCCAGGGAA